AAUAACCGUCUAAAAAGGGCGGUGGGAGAGAAGAGCGCGACAGCGACACAGACGGAGCUGCGGAGAGUGAGCGAAGCGCAGCAGAAAAACCUCCAGGCUCUCGCUGACAUUUUUUACCCCGACACAGCGACCCGAAACACGGCGUACCUGCGCGCAAAAAUGCCGGGGAUGAUGGAUAAAGGCUCGGAGUAUUUAGGGAAAGGUCGGUCCAACGGCACCAAGAGUCCGUCCAACGCGUCUAACGGACAUUAUUCAGACGAAAGCGGCAGCGACGACGAACACGAUGUGGGGAUGCGGGUCGGAGCCGACUACCAGGCCAGCAUUCCCGAGUUCGAGCCCGGGUCCAGUAAGUACACGGAGAAGGACAGUGGAGGGAUGCUCGUCUGGUCUCCCUAUCACAACAUCCUGGACUCCAAAUUGGAUGAAUACAUCGCCCUAGCCAAAGAGAAACAUGGAUACAACGUGGAGCAGGCCCUCGGCAUGCUCUUCUGGCACAAACACAACAUCGACAAGUCUCUGGCCGACCUGCCGAACUUCACUCCGUUCCCAGACGAGUGGACCGUGGAGGACAAGGUCCUGUUUGAGCAGGCCUUCAGCUUCCACGGGAAAAGCUUCCACCGCAUCCAGCAGAUGUUACCAGAUAAAUCCAUCUCCAGUCUGGUGAAGUACUACUACUCCUGGAAGAAGACUCGCUCCAGAACCAGCCUGAUGGACCGCCAGGCUCGGAAACUGGCCAACAGGAGUAACCAGGACGACAGUGAUGAGGAGAUGGAGGAGGCCAAUCCGAUCGAAGCCAACGACAGCGACUACGACCCCAACAAGGAAACCAAGAAAGAGAAUCCGGUGGAGCCUGUGGCGGCGGUGGGCUCUAAGGUGGCGUUGGGCCGGCGAGAGCACCAGACCCUGCAGCACCGGCACCACCAGCGCUCCCGCUGCCGCCCCCCCAAAGGCAUGUACCUGACCCAGGAGGACGUGGUGGCCGUGUCCUGCAGCGCCUCGGCCGCCAACACGCUGCUCCGCCAGCUGGACAUGGAGCUGGUGUCCCUCAAGAGACAGGUGCAGAACGCCAAACAGAUGAACAGCGGCCUGAAGAACGCGCUGGAGGCGGGGAUCGAGGAGUUCAGACUGGCUGAGUGUAACCAGAAGGUGAACGCCCGCUGGACCACAGACGAGCAGCUCCUGGCUGUUCAAGGUGUGAGGAAGUACGGCAAGGACUUCCAGGCAAUCGCCGACGUGAUCGGGAACAAGACGCUGGGCCAGGUGAAGAACUUCUUCGUCAACUACCGGCGGCGGUUCAACCUGGACGAGGUCCUGCAGGAGUGGGAGGCGGAGCAGGGCACGCGGGCGCCCAACGGGGACAGCGCCACCUCUGGAGAGGAGGGGAAGACCUCCGCCACGCCGUCAGGGAAGAGCACCGACGAAGAGGACGAAGAGGUUCAGGUGACCUCGUCAGGUGCGUCUCCCGCGGCCUCGUCUUCUUCGGCUCAGGUUGCCAUGACGUCCAGCACCUCCUCCUCCUCCUCCCUCCACCAGCCCCCCCCGCUGCGGCCCUCCCUGCCGGCCACGCCCUCCCUGCACCGCCAGCCCCCGCCUCUCCAGCAGCAGGCUCGUUUCCUGCAGCCGCGGCCCACGCUGCACCAGCCGCCGCCGCUCAUCCGCCCCUCCAACCCGCUGCCCCCCCGUCUCAACCCCCGCCCGCCUGCUCCCAUGAGCCUCGGCGGCAACCCGGGGGGGUCGGGUCCGAGCUCCGCCCAGCCACCCCCCGGCAUGGCCGUCCACCAAUCAGACGCCUCGUCCUCCUCCCUCCACUGACCAACGUCCACUUUGCGUUGGAAGAAAAAAUGCUCCAUCUGAAGCUGCUGCGUUCAGGUCCUGUGGGAAAUCUGAGCGACGUUAUUCUUCAGAAAAAAACAAUGACAGAUGAUUAGGUCUGGGAAAAUCAAAUAUCACGAUAUUUUGGACCAAAUACC